GCGACUAUGCUGAAAAGCAAUUCAUAUGCGCAGUACGUUUAUCUAACGAAGUCCCGCCAUAUAUCGGCGCGGUUGGUGUUUACAUAAGGGCUUUAUUUUCGCCCAGUUGAAGCAGAAGAAACCGGAUCUGACAACAACGUAACUGACUGGAUUCGUCUUCAGAAGAUAAAGCUGAUACUAUCACCACUUUUCACAAUUAUUACGUCAAAAUUGAACUGCGAAUUUUGUUGUUGCGGUACUUCGUGAGCAACCCGGUGAUCUAGUUGAAUUUGCAUCGCAAUAUUUUUCAAGUUUACUUGAUCAUCGAGACACCGGUGAGAUGGGUGGAACGUCAGAUCCAAAUGCAGAUGAAGAUAUGGAAAGUGACGAUGAAGCUAUUGAUGAAGAAUUGGCAAUGAUGGCAAGACAAGCUAACUACUCCAGAAGAAAAUCAGUCAGUGCGGAAGGAUUCGAUCCUGAUGCAGACGAUGAUGAUGAUGAAAGAAUAGUUCAUCCAAAAACAGACGAACAAAGAGAAAGACUUGGAAAUGUUGUCAACAAAAUUCUAUUAUUUUCUAAUUUGGAAAUGGAUCAAAUGCAACAAGUAUUAGAUGCAAUGUUCGAACACAAAGUAACACCAGGAACUCAUGUCAUUGAUGAAGGAGAUGAUGGAGAUAAUUUUUACGUUAUUGAAAGCGGAGACUACGACAUCUUUAUUAAAGAUAAAGUAACAGGAAAUCAAAAUCACGUUGGUUCUUAUCAUGGGACGGGGGCAUUCGGUGAAUUGGCGUUGAUGUAUAAUUGUCCUCGUGCUGCUACUAUCAUCGCCACGACCGAAGGUUCAUUAUGGGGGAUGGACAGGACAACAUUCCGAAGAAUUAUUGUGAAAAAUGCAGCGAAGAAAAGAAGACAAUAUGAAGAAUUUCUUGAAACUAUUCCUUGUCUUACUACUCUUACACCUGAAGAAAGAAUGAAGGUGGCAGAUGCAAUGGUUACUAAAACAUAUAAAGAUGGUGAAAUUAUUUUGCGACAAGGUGAUCCUGCAGAUUUUUUUUACAUCGUAGCUGAAGGACAUGUUGUGAUUAAACGACGUGGUGAUAACCCGAAUAACCCAGAAGAAGAAGUUCAAUUGCAAAGGUACAGUCGUGGGGCAUAUUUCGGUGAACUCGCAUUAUUACAAAAUCAACCUCGUGCUGCUUCAGCUUUUGCAGAUGGUGAUUGCAAAUGUGCAGUAUUGGACGUUCAAUCGUUCGAACGUUUGUUGGGACCUUGCAAAGAACUACUGAUGCGUAACAUCCCUAUUUAUGAACAACAAUUGAGUGAAAUAUGUCGAGAUAUGAAUAUAUAAAUUCUACUGUCUUCAAAAACUAUACAUUGGCAAAAAUUUAAAAACGAACGUUCGGGGAAAUAGCAUGAAUUUGCAGAAGUUGCAUUACUUAGUCAAAAUAAACCUCACUCGAAAUGUUAUUUUUAAACCCUAUUGACCUGAUUGUGAAGGCAUAUUAUUUUUUUAAUAAGGGAGAAUGUGGCUAUGGUCUUCGAGUAUAGAACCAUUUAAACAUACCACUGAAAUAUAGGAUCAUAAUAAGUAAGUU